AUUAUUGCAGAGUAGUGGCACAGUCAGUGUCGGGACUUUGUGUCGCGCGUUGAUAUUUUCCGAGUGGAACCAAGAUGACGAUCGUCACGAAGCCUAACACCAAGCCAAGUACCGAGAAAAAGGCGGAGAAGACUUUGGGGAAGCCUCUAGUCGCCAACGAAACCCCGAUGACUCGGUUCCGUGGCUGGUGUGGAAUCCCCUACGAACGUGAUGCCCUUCAGCUGAUUCCAGAGAGUUUCCCCGUUGACGGCAACGCCAAGACGCCCAAGGAUGCAUCCAUACCAGGGGAAGGUGGACAUCUGGAUGAUGCAGAGUAUAUUGAGCUCGCAGAUGAAAUAUAUGCCGUGGAAACAGAGUCAGAGCCAGAGCAAGUUAUAGAGUCAGAGCCAGAGCCAGUUUUAGAGACAAAGCCAGAGUCAAGCGAUACAAGAUCCGAUACUCCGUACGUGGGAUACCCAGAUAUGAACCUCUUCAAAGAAGAAUUUGAACUUGAUCUUGAUGAGGAGAGCUUUGAGCAGAUCCAUGUACCUGACUUCGGCUUUGGUCGCCAAGGAAGGUUCAUUCAUGACUUCAAGGCAAACAAAACUGGAAUCAUUGACUUCACCUCCAAACGUUGCUUUGUGAUGCCUCUUGACCGCAAUCACGUUCUGCCUCCAAGAACUGUGUUUGACCUUGUGAAGAAGAUGUGGAUGGGUUACUACAACAUUGACACAGAGGUAGUGCGUGAAACCAUGCGUGUGGUUUACCCACCAGUUGAGGACUACGAUUCAUUGGGAAUGUACAUUGCCAAGGACUGUAUAAAUUACCCUACCUACCGAUUAGAACGAGUUUACACCCCAGAACUCAAGAAGCGUAGUGUAGAUGCCCAGAACCAGGAGCAGAUUCAGCUGGUUGAGUUUGCUGGCAAGAAGAUCAUCCAGUAUGUCAUUACAGAUCCUCAUGAAGAUAGCCAACAGUGAGGCUCUCCUUUGAUUCAAUAAGUGACUGGAAAAAUUGUCAGUCUUGCUGUCCCUGCACUCAGGCAGUUAAGGAAAAUAAUUGUGGACAAAGCCUAGUGUGAAGAAAAUAAGAAGACAAGGCUUUUAUUUUGAGAAUGGAGUAAUGAAACCCCAUAGUUACAGGAUUUGCUUUUCACGGUAUGGCUUUACAAAUGGGUAGUGAAAGAUGACUAGAAACUGGUAUUGUAUUAACUCAUUUUUGUUGCAAAAAUAUUCAAUUACUCAAUAAUGAGGCUUAAAAUAUCUGAUUAAGUGAUAUACAAAAGAGGUACCCUUAUAAGAUUUACCAGAAUUAUGCUAGAAUGGUUGAAGAAGGUUAGUGAGUGUGGAGAUAAUUAAAUUCCCAGAUGUUCUGAUGAGUGAAGAGAAGCAUACUCAACAUCACCUUUUUGGAGAUGAGGUAGGACUAUGUUCAGGGAAUAUCCUAUUCCUUAAAAUCCUCUGAUCAGAUGUUUAAAAUUCUACAGGUGAUUAAUAUACCAACAUUAUUUUCAAGUUGCUCAUAUUACAAGUAUUAGGUUAUAAAUUAGAAAUGAUAUAAUCGCUCUUACUUGAGAACAAGUUUGUGGUUGAUACCAUUUUGGUCUUACUGCCAUAUAUUUAUUAUUACGUGUUCAUUAACCAAAAAAAGAAAAAAAUAUAUGUGACUAGUCAGUCUGAAGCUCACUGAUGCACAUCUACCAAAUCAGUGAAAUCUUCAUGCAUUUGAAAUUUUGUAUUAUUGAUUUCUUAUUAUGUAAAGACAGAUGCAUAGAUGAAUAUUGGAUUGUUACAUUAAUUUUCAAAGUACAAUAAGCACUUCUGUUUUUCUGUUACAUUUAGUUGCAGUUAAAAAAAAACUGCCAUUUAGUUCAAUUGUGUUUACUUGUUUCAUUUAGUUUUCUUUCUUGAUGCUGUAGGAUGUGGGUGAAUUAUUUUUAAAACUUGGUUAUAAAAAAAAGAAAACAGGGUUUAAGUAAAUAAAGUACAACACUUAUUUAAAUUCUAUCUUUAGUGUAAUGCCAGUCUUAUUUUAGAAGGGGAAAAAUUAUAAAUUAAUUAGAUUAAAUAUUCUGUAUUGCCAGUGACAGGAUUUUAUAAUGUGCAAUGGAGUGGUUGGCUUUAACCAUGAGUGUUGGUUCAGUGAUUAUUUGGGUUAUUAAUAAGAAUUUUGUGUAAGUCUAUGUAGUGCCAUUAUUGUUGUAUUCAAUAUAACUGGUUUUUAUUUACUUUUAAGAUGAUGGAGCUAUAUAUAUAAAUGUUCUACUGCUCCAUUUCAUGUGUUAUCUCAUAAUAAUAUGGACAUAUUUACAACAAGUUAAAAUAUAAUUACCGAGAAUUUGAAAUAAUCUAUAAAUAUUUUAGUUAUAAAUGGGAGAUAAUAUACUCUCAGGUUUUGUUUAAAAUUUUUGUCACCAGAUAUAAUGUCUGGCAUGUCACUAUAAAAGACAUUAUUUCAUAACUGUAUCUUGUAUUAUUUCAUACUGUAGGUAGUCUUGACAGCAUCGGUUCUGAUACCAUUGCCAAAUUUAUCAGGAUGCCUGGACAAGUAGCUGUUAAAAGGUUUCCAUGAACAAGAGUAUUAGGGUUAAUUUAGUGCUUCUGCAUGGACACAUGUACCCAUCUGAUGACAAUAAAUAGCUGAUUUAACAAAACCAGACCACUCCAUACAUGACUUACAGUAUGAUAGUCCUAAACCAUUUCUUUCCCUAUACAAGAGAGGGAGGUAAACUGUCUAAAGCUUUGCUCACUAUACAAUGUUUUUCAUUAAGUAGAGCUAAGAUUUGCCUUUUAAUAAUUGGACUUCAAGAAGAAUGAUCUAAAAAUAUGCUUUCAAAAUUUAUUUUUUCCCUCCUUUAUUUAUGUUUUCAUGUGCCAUUUCAAUAAUAAAGGUAUAAAUAAAGGAAUAUACUGGUGUGUACAUUUUGCAGAGCAAUGGAUUUGUAUUUUCUCAUUUAAUCACAGCUGUUGUUUCUAUGGGACAUUAAUGUCAAGUCACCUGGAGGUUGAACAAUGCUUUAAAUGUACAGAAUCUGCUUGUAUUGGAGGUUUUUAAAAUUAUGUAGCUGACACAUUAAAUGUAUGUCAAUAAGUAAUUAGGAAGUCAUGUUAAAGCAGGGACAUCCUGUCGACCAAAAAAUAUUUUGUGUUACUAAAUCGAGAUAUCAAAGGAAAUGUCAAGUGAAUAUAUCAGUACACAAAUUUUAAGAGAUCUCCUACAUAAGCACUUGCCUCCAGUGAGCUUUCAUCUUGGAAUUCUGAACACUGCUGAUAUUGUGCUGCCUGACCCCAUUCUAGUUUAUAAUUUAUUCAUAUCCUUGUAGGAAAAGACCCAGUACAACUCAAACAAAAAAUUAAGCUUGGGGAGGAUGUGUAUGGGAUUUUAUACAAUUACUCACUUUAGACAAUCAUUUUUCCCCUAAUUGAAGAUGUCAAUACCCUUACCACAUUGAGGAACUUCAGGGCAUAGCAGUCUUGAAUGUUCAUACAUUAAUAUCAACUUUUCCCCUCUGUAGAUUAUGGAGGAAAGCUCAAUAGUAAUCACGUAUGGUAAAAAACUAGCCAUUCUACACAGACUUGCAGUUGUAUUAGCUGGGUCGAUUUUAAAGCUUUUGAUAUAAUUUCAGAAGUUAAAAGCUUUAUCUUCAGUAUUAUUAUAAUUUUGCAUUCCCUUUCCUUAGAUCCUGAAUACCAUAUCAAUAUACUAUAAGGCAGUUGCAGUUCAGUGGGUAUAAACACAAUGUUAUGUAUUUUUGGAUAUGUUGGAGAAUUUCACACAUGCACACAUAUACACAUUAUAUAUAUCUAUCUAUAUAUAUAUGUUUGAACAUUGAAAUUUAUAUAUAUAUGCAUGUAUAUCAUUGGCUUAUCCUUGGUCUAAUGAAAUGCAGAAUAAUAUGGACAAUUCUCCAGCUAUCUCCUUGUAUAGAGUAUAAGGCUGCAGAUUUAGAUAAGACAUAAAACUGUAUCAAGUAUUUUGAAGUGCACCUCAAUUCAUACUCAUAAAUAAGAAAUAAGGCAGAGAAAGCAUUAGUGAUUGUAUCGAUUACACUGUAAUAGCUAAAAAAACAA